UUAGUAGAGCUGCUGCUGCAGCAGAGAGCGGAAGCCCCAGAGACACCUCAGGUGGAGCCGGCUGGCUGGUGUUCUGGAAUCCAGCUGUAGCCACAAGGGGGAAAGAAAGUACAACUGCGAGUGGAGCGUGACCCCGGGGCAGACCCCACCAAGGCUGCCGGCCCCUUGGACUCGUCGGUCUGAGCUCCUCUGGAAGAGCAGAGGGAUUUUGCUUCCGGGACUGACAUUCAGCCUUAAUCGUCGCUCCCAGGCCUGGGGGGCCUGUGACCCUUGAUGGACACUGCUGCCCAGGGCACGGCGAGCGGGGUGGGCGGCGUGCGGAGGAGCAGCUUGGGGGCGUGCAGCAGCUGAGCAGCAUGCCCGUGGAAACCCUCCAGGCUGGGGACGUGAUGAAGGGGGUUUCGGUGACGGCGCCCUUCACCUCGGCAAUGCCAUUCCGGAUCCUCAACAAGGGGCCCGAGUACUUCCGCCGGCAGGCGGCCACCGGCGCCAAGAAGCCCAGCGCCGUGGAGAGGCUGGAGGCGGACAAAGCCAAGUAUGUGAAGAGCCAGCAGGUUGCCAGCACCAAGCAGGAGCCGGUGAAGCCACUCCUGAAGCAGCCCCUCUUCACCCCGGGGGUCCGGAGAGCCAUGCUCACGCCCAGCCGCAAGACCCCGCAAGGGGGCCGCAGGGCGGAAGCCUGUGGGCCAAAGACCUCCUUGAACCUGGAGAUCCUCAACAACCUCAUCAACAUCUGUGACAGCCCCCUGCCCUUCCCCAAGUCGGAGAGCCCCCGGGAGCACAAGUGGAGAGCAGAGACGAGGGAGCCCCCGGGCAAAGAGCGGGGCGGGCACCCCGCUGUGCAGAGGAGGAAGGGCCCCUCGGAUGGCAUGAGCAAGCUGUCGGAGAGCUCCGUCACGUCCAAGCCCUCCAGCACGGUGGCCGUGCGCAGAGUGGAUGUCCGGCCCUGCGGGGUUCGUCGGGACAGGGUGACCCCAACCAUCCAGGUCACCCCUGUGCCCAUCUCACCCGCCAAGGCCAGGAUCCCCUCUGCCAGCUCCCUUAGCUCACCAAAUAGAAGCCCCCACAACAGGCGGACAGACAGCGCCAAGCGGCAGACUCUCCUGCACAGGUCCAAGUCCGACCUGAGUGACAGGUACUCCCGGGCCACGGCCGACCUGGAACGCUUCUUCAACUACUGCGGGCUGGACCCUGAGGAGGUCAGGGACAUAGGGGUGGAGCACUUUGCCCGGGCCAGCUCGGACAUCGUCUCCAUCAAGUUUCACAGCGUCAGCACUGCCAGCUCGGAGUGCGCCCGCUCCCAGCGCAGCGCCGCCACCCUGGAGGACAAGCAGGCGGAGCGCAUGCCCUAUGGCAUCUCCGUCAUCGAGCGCAAUGCCAGGGUGAUCAAGUGGCUGUACGGACUACGGCAAGCCAGAGAGCCCCAAAAGGUAUCCAACGUAUAAUGACUCCAUGGAUGCCACGAACUCUGAUAGCAAAGCCUUUUAGUGUGUGUGUGUGUGAUGUACAAGGGGGUGUUUUAAUUUCUUGCAUGACUCAGUCUGGUCCCGCUGGGAAACACCCUAUGGUGGAGUCUCACUGAUAGAGCAUCCUUUAACUCUAGUCCCUGUCCCCUGUUGGCCUCUCCCAGCCCCUUACCCUACCCCUGGCCCGCGGCGUUCAGAGAUCCAGUCCCUGCAGCGACGAGACGUCGCCAAGCCGAGAACUUCCAAGAGUUGCAAGGCCCUAGCGAAGAGAGAGGGCGCGUUUCCUUGGCACGGGGGCCAAGGGGAGGAGCGGGACCAGCCUGGCAGCACAAGUAGGGAUGUUCAAUAUUCUCGGGAGUUACUGCAGGGCUGCACAUUGUCUCGCUCAACAGAGCUGGCCCUGGGAAGGGGUUUCCUUCCUAAUAGGAACUGAUCCUGUAAAUAUGCAGGCUAUUAAUAAAGAGCCUGGAAUAUCGUCCCCCGUGAGCCAGUGCGAGGGCAAAGGGCUGGCUUGCACCUGCUUGCCUUGAUCCUCUUUGGCACCUGCCCGCGCUGGCCUAGGAAUCAGUUGACUGAGACCGCGCCAAGAGGACUGUAAACGCCCUCGCUAUCAUGAGGCGGUUGGAACACACGUGUGUACACACCUCGUGGGUGAGCCCAGGGGACUAUCUGUGCAGCUCAUGGCCCAGCCAACACACGCCCGCCUCCUGCAGUGCGGCUGAGGGUCUGGUUGUCGCAGUGGAGGGCUUUUCUCCAGCCCUGCAUGCACAACACAAACACAACCCCCACAAAGGCUCUGCCACAAGCUGCCAGAAACCCGGGGGAUCUGGUGCUAAGACUUUUACCCCACCCUGGACUGCACCCUCCAGCUGUGCGGAGCCUGCCCCUUCCUGCCGUGUUAGCGGGAAUGUUCUUAGCUGGGUCGGCCACGUUAGCAGAGCUCCGGUUAACGGUAGCAUCAGAAGUGCGUCUCCUGCACCCUAGGAGCCAGUUUGUGUCACCCCAGUUCGUGGUGCCUCGAAUGAGCAGCCACCGUCCGGCACAUCGUGCAACUUCUGUGCUUCCGCAAGGCCUGGUGUGCCUUCGGCGUGAAGUGUCCACGCUAUCCAUCCCUCAAAUGGUCACCUCGGGGGGCCUCUGAAACCCCCCAGACCGCAAGUCUUUGUAUUUUCUGCUCAGCCUUAAUAGCUCCCACAGGAGUUCAGAGACAAAGCAGUUUUAGGAGGCAGCUUGAUCCAGAUGAAACUUAAUUUUGGUUUUGUUUUGCUCUACACGGAGAUCACUGCUUCAGUUACCGAGAGAACGUCGCCCCCCUCUGCACAAGUUUUCCCGGGGACUGAAUUCUCCCAACUCACAUUAGUUAAGCUCUUUUGUGGGGAGGAGGAAAUGGGUGUUUAUAGGAGAAUCCCUGGGUUGCGAGCUUGGGGCGAUUGUAACAAACGCGUGGAAAGAACAGCCGGGUCUGCUCGUUGAACGGACAGCCCGAGCGGCAUGCUGUUCUGCGCCGGGACUCAGAGCUGUCCCUCCUGAACGUCCCCUUUCUGUUGUACUUUUAUCUUGCUGCCCGACUCAUUCUUUUUGCAGCUGCUACUUCGCUGUAGCUCUGUGUACAUUUCACUGGAAGCCAGCUUGCGUUUGAAGAGCGGAUCCUUGGGGAGAUGCUUGUGUGUGUGUGUUUGGGGUGGGGUGGGGAGUGUACCUUGUAAGUGACGUAUAAUAGGAAAACUAUUCUGUGGGGGGUUACUAGUUCCUUCCACUGGAAACAGUCUUAUCACAAACAUCCCGGUGAUGUUGUGCGUCUUGAUUUCAUGCCCCAGCAGAGACGUUCCUCAUGGAUAACUGCCUGCCGCAUGGAGCUAUUUGGGAGCGAGUGUAGAUUGGCGGGAGCUUUCUGAACUGCCUGGGGGAGAGCAAUAUAACCUCCUACCCCAGCUGGAAAGCGCACGCAGGGCAAUACAGUAGCGUGGGAGGGACGGUACCACGUGCCAGCGCUGGCUCAGUAAAGCUCGGCAGCGAGGCUGAAAAUAGCAAGAGACUCGGCUGCUUAGCCAUAAAGGCAAAAAUCUACCUCCUCAGUGUAGGCUCAUCAAGGUUCGUGCUGUGUGUGUGUUUUUUUACGUGUGUAUAUGUGUGUGUUUGUACCUCUUUUCCUCUGCCACAGUCAAAAAAGCCCAAGAGUUCUGGGACUGCUGACCCCAGUUAUUUAUGAAGAUGGUUCUGUAUUGUUCUCGUCUCAUUUUUACUGUAUUUGCUGCCGUUCGUUCUGUAAAAGCCUGACUGGUUUUAUUAAAGUCCUGUCUUUGGAUGGUC